CCGUGUGGGCCAUGAUUUGCGCAGGCACAAGAACCCAAUCAUUUGAAUGGACUCCCGUGCCCCGGGACACACAUGGAAGAAGUCCCUGCACAACUUGGGAAAUCGGAGCCUGCAUGGGAACCAAGGUUUCCAGUAAGGUUGCAAGUUACAGUGCGGGUGGUGUGCCAUUAGAAAUAAUGGCACCCGCCCGCGGGUCCCACAUUCCUCUGUGUGGGUGGUGCAGCUGCAGGUAUUUGUGAGGGUGCCGCAUUCCUCUGUGUGGGUGGUGCAGCUGCAGGUAUUUGUACGGGUCCCGCGUUCCUCUGUGUGGGUGGUGCGGCUGCAGGUAUUUGUGCGGGUCCCGCGUUCCUCUGUGUGGGUGGUGCGGCUGCAGGUAUUUGUGCGGGUCCCGC